AUGGCCCUGAUCGCUAAGAGCCCACCGUCCGAGGGUUUCACCACGAAGGUCAUCAGGGUUGUGAUGUCAUGCACCGGCAACAUUGACACCGACACCAUUCUCAUCGAGAACUCCGAUAUCCUUCGCAUGUUUGUUGAGAAGGAGGGAAAAAUAGUCAUCAGUUUCACGCAGCUUCCCAUGAUGAUACCGAUCUGGAAGUUGGAACCUGCUGGCCCAAUGCCGGACAACAUGGGUGAAGAGGACACCGAUGAGGACCUCCAGAUGACAAGGAAUGCUUGGAAAACCUGUCGACUUGUAUGGGGGCGCCAUGCGGGACUUGAAGAGCUGAAUAGGCGAGCAGCUGUGACUAUGCGUGCGAUGCAGAAGCAGGACGAGCUUGCUGCUCAAGCUGAUAAUGGUAAGCAAUUGCGUUCUUUACUAUUUGGUCGUUUGCGCAUCGCCCCUGAAGUCAGUCCCCUCGUAAUAGCAAUCACUGACCUCUAA